AUGAAAGAACAUGUUCAAGAAAUAAUGAAAAAUAUUACAAUGGAUCAAAAAAUAACCAAAUGCAAAUUGGAAGAUAUAACAACAAUAAUAGGAAUAAUAGAAACAACAGAACAUAAUUAUCAACCUGAAGAAAAAGAAAAGGGUUAUAAAAAACCUAAAAGAACUGAAAGAAGGAAACCAAGAAAUGAUAAAAAAGAUUUUAAAAGAAAAGAAAAUCCAAAAUGA